GUUCUGAAGCUCCACAGUACGAUGACUCAGGCAGAAAUCAAGCUGUGCUCGUUGUUGCUGCAAGAGCAUUUUGGCGAGAUUGUAGAAAAAGUUGGAGUCCACCUGAUCAGAACUGGCAGCCAGCCACUUAGAGCAAUUGCCCAUGACACAGGGACGUCACUGGAUCAGGUGAAGAAAGCCCUUUGUGUUCUCAUCCAACAUAACCUGGUGGUCUACCACGUUCAUAAACGUGGUGUGGUGGAGUAUGAAGCCCAGUGCCACCGGGUGCUGCGAAUGCUCAGGUAUCCCCGGUACAUCUAUACCACCAAGACUCUGUACAGUGACACCGGAGAGCUGAUCGUUGAGGAGCUGCUGUUAAACGGCAAAAUGACGAUGUCAGACGUGGUGAAGAAAGUGGCAGACCGACUCACAGAGACCAUGGAGGAUGGCAAGACCAUGGACUAUGCCGAGGUGUCCAGCACGUUCGUGCGUCUGGCAGACACACACUUCGUCCAGCGCUGCCCCUUUGCGCCCAUCACCGACAACUCAGACACUGGACCACCACCACCUGCCCCCACCCUUGUCAUUAAUGAAAAGGACAUGUAUCUGGUUCCUAAACUGAGCUUGAUAGGAAAAGGUAAAAGAAGAUUGUCUGAUGAAGAUGCCAGUGGAGAGCCCAAGGCCAAGAGACUAAAACAUACAGAUAACAAGGAGCCCAUUCCAGACGAUGGGAUUUAUUGGCAGGUCAACCUUGACAGAUUCCACCAACACUUCCGCGAUCAGACUAUCGUGAGUGCGGUUGCCAGCCGGAUGGACCAGCAUCCUUUUCAAAUGCAGACCAGCAGCGAGAUUGCGAGGACUGUGCUCCGGAUGAGUGAGAUAACCACUCCCUCUUGUGCCCCCUACACCCAGCCGCUCUCUUCCAAUGAGAUCUUCAGAUCUCUGCCUGUUGGCUAUAACAUCUCUAAACAAGUUCUUGAUCAGUACCUCACUUUGUUGGCAGAUGAUCCACUGGAGUUCAUUGGAAAGUCUGGCGACAGUGGUGGAGGAAUGUUCGUCAUCAACCUUCAUAAGGCAUUAGCAUCCCUAGCCACAGCGACCCUGGAGUCUGUCAUACAGGAGAGAUUUGGGUCUCGCUGUGCCAGAAUAUUCCGUCUUGUUUUGCAAAAGAAACACCUGGAGCAGAAGCAGGUGGAGGACUUUGCAAUGAUUCCUGCAAAGGAGGCAAAGGAUAUGUUAUAUAAGAUGCUGUCUGAAAACUUCAUUUCGCUCCAGGAAAUUCCUAAAACGCCAGACCACGCCCCCUCGAGGACCUUCUAUUUAUACACUGUGAACGUCCUGUCGGCUGCCCGGAUGCUGCUGCACAGGUGCUACAAGAGUGUUGCCAACUUGAUAGAAAGGAGGCAAUUUGAAACCAAGGAGAACAAGCGUCUGCUAGAAAAGUCUCAGAGGGUCGAAGCCAUCCUUGCAUCGAUGCAGGCCACAGGAGCAGAGGAGGUGCAACUGCAAGAAAUAGAGGAGAUGAUCACAGCCCCUGAGCGCCAGCAGCUGGAGACGCUGAAACGCAAUGUCAACAAGUUAGAUGCCAGUGAGAUCCAGGUGGAUGAAACCAUCUUCCUGCUGGAGUCCUACAUCGAGAGCACCAUGAAAAGACAGUGACUCCGAAGCAGCUGGGCGGGUCCAGCUCAGAGCCUGCGUGUGCGUGCGAGGCAAGGGCUCGACCACUGAGCUAUGUCCCCAGCCACAGAAGCAACAUCUUUGUCAGAAGGUCUGGGAGGGCCUGGGAAAACAGCUCAGCAGUUAAAGAUACUUGCUUGCAAAGCCUGCUGGCCCAGUUCAAGUCCCACGUACCCAGUAAAGCCAAAUGCACAAAGUGGCACAUGCAUCUGGAAUAUGUUUGCAAUGGCAAGAGACCUUGGUGCGCCCAUACUAACCACCACCACCCCCAAUAAAUGAACUUUUUAAAAGGUUUUGUACUGAAACCCACUCCACGCCCCUAC